AUGGUCGAACUAUCGUCGGUGGAGAUCUGGUUGACUCGACCAUUCAGGGUUUUUGUGUCUAAUCACUUGAAAAUAUCCGAACACUCGCAUCUCCAAUUGUAUGCGUUUGUAGUGUCUCUUCUAGCGUGUAUUUGUUCGGGAACCGUGGUGCUCUAUUCACUCUGGACCCCUUAUUUCUCCAGUCAUUUGGGAUACUCUCAGAUUGAAAUUAACAUCAUUGGCGGGUUCUCCUCUAUGGGGAUGUACUUGCUCCUCCCGCUUAUUGGGAACCUUGCUGACAUUUACGGUACGGUGCUAUUGUCGUUGACAGCGUUUUUCACAUUUGUUCCAGGAUACUUUGCCGCUGCUUGGUUCUAUCAGUCCCAGGCAAGCUAUUGGCUUAUGACUACUUGCUUCACGGCGAUUGGGCUUGGUGUAAGCUGUCUCUAUUUUGCCAGUUUAUUGACCUGUGCCAACAUAUACCCUAAAAUCAAAGGAUUGAGUAUUAGUUUACCAGUGACGUGCUACGGAUUAAGCAGUUUGCUUGCGUCAAGAUUGAUACAGGACGUUAAUUGGUUCCAUUCGAUUAUGGAAGAUGGUACCGUUGAACUAAACAUUGUGAGGAUUUUCCGGUUCUUUGGGGUGAUGUAUUCGGUUGUUUGUGGAUUGAGUUAUACCUCAUCAUGUAUUUUAACCAUUCAAAAGCAAAUCAAUUUUGUUAUUAAGAAUUCAGACCAUUCAGACCAGGAUAACAACUCCCUCUCGUCAGCAACCCCCCAGGGAGACGAACAAGAAGGUCUUUUGAACAACUCGAUGAUUUCUUAUAAUUCGAUAGAAGAGGUGGUGGGUAAUGACGAGCUCAUCACCGAAGUUGAUUCCAUUGUCGAAGUGUCGCAUCAAGCCAAAUUCUCUAAUUUCAUUCACGAUCCUUCGGCGUAUCUUUUAUUAAUCGCGUUCUUUCUUUGUGUUGGUCCGCUCGAAAUGUAUAUCAACAACAUGGGAUCAUUAGUGGUGCUUGUUAAUAAACUCAAUUUCAAAAACCCCGAGUUUGCUAAUAACUUGCUUGCCAUGGCAUCACCAUCAUCCGAAAUUUCCAUUGCCACUCAAGUGUCAUUUUAUUCAUUUUCUUCGACCGCCACCAGAUUAUUUGUCGGGGCGUGCUCCGACUACUUGGCCUCGGUAUCGCCAAAGAAACUCGUAUUCAAAAAUGGGGUUUGCCGGAUAUGGCUCUUGAUAUUGCUGUUGUUAGCCGGGGUGAUUGACCAGUUUCUCAUUGUUUAUCUUCUCGGACAAUAUAAAGAUAUCAAUACUGCCAGUACUACUCUGAUCACAAAUAAUCAUGCCGCGGGGUUGUAUAGUGUGAUAUCUUGUCUUUCGGGAGUGAGUUACGGGGGCAUCUUUACCAUUUACCCCUCGGUGAUGGCCAGUAUUUGGGGAAUUGACAUCUUGGGGUCUACUUGGGGAUCAUAUAUGGUUGCCCCGGCAUUUUCAUCGUUGCUAUUUGGUAUUAUUUAUGCCAAUGUCUACGAUUAUUUCCAUGAUUAUAAGGUCGGAGUGGUGUUUAUAAUCACCGGGAUCAGUAUUUGGAUCUCAAUGAUUUUGACAUUUUUUACUUGGAGAUUCAAUUGGUAUAAACGAGGGUUCAAGGUGUUUUAG